UGGCCACGCCCCCUAAUCUCCCCCUGCGGCGAGUGGCAAAUGGAAGAUCCCUUUGGAGACUGGGGUUGUGUUUGCAGAGGAGCCUUCCAAAGACAUUUAAAAAAAGGCAGGAGUUGGGUUUUUUUUUUAAAUCUGCGGGGAUCUUGAGCAGAGAAUCUGUACAGACUAUCUAAUACUGGAAUGGAAGAAGACUCUGGCACACCCGUAACACACGACUCUUCCACUUAUGUGAAUGAUCAUGUUGGCUUCUGUGGCUGUAUAAAAACCUUUCCAAGUGACUUUGUUGUGACAGAAAUUAAUAUGCAUGGACAGUUGGUUAAUGAGAUUGUAACGGACUGUCUUUCUAAAUCUGGCGGAACCUUGUCAGACCAAAGCAGGAGCUGUCAGCAGGCUUCCAAAAGACUCAGGCUGAGUCCUUCAGAGCCGUGUGUAGAAGAAGAAUAUUUCAGAGAACACGAUGGGGAUGUUCAUUGUCCCUCAGACGUUCUUCAUUCCCUUGUUGAAGAAGGUGAAGAACAUUCAGUUAAGAAGGUGCUUGAGUGCUACCAUGACAAAGCUGAGACAUUGGACUCUUUAUUAAGUCAGGCUGUAAGGGAACAACUAUGUCAGUUUGCUUACUCCGUAAAAGAUAUGUGGAAUUUGAAAUCUGAGCCAGCGGUUUUUUCCACUGAAUUCUCACUUGGUCCAAUCCCUGAGAAGACGGUUCGAGCCAGUUUGCAUGGUGCCAUUAGGCAGGAAUACCCUUUCUUAGCCACAAUUACAAAGUCAGGGGAAAUUGUCGUAAAAGCAAAUCAGGAUUACCAGGAACUCUGUAAGUUGGUGUCUGAAGAGGAAGCUUCUGGUUUUCUGAAAUUCCUAGAUGCCAAAUUAGAAAAUUCCAAGUUUGCUUUUAGACCUGAUGGGAACAAGGAACAUCGUAAAAAGGUUCACCAUUUCCUUAGUAAAAAGUUCGGUAAGCUUGUGGAGACAAAGUCUUUUACCGACUCUGAGCAGAAAGUUGUAAUUAUGGUAAGGUUUCGUGAGAAAAAUGGAUGCCGGAAAAGGACUAAUGCUGGGAGCAGAGAGAAAGAAGACAUUUACACAGCCUUUACUCUCCAAAAAGAGAAUCUGGAAACCCUUGAAGCAAUUAGCUAUUUGUCUUCUGAACUUGGCGUGCUCCCUUCAGACUUCAGUUACACAGGCAUUAAAGAUAAGAAGGCUGUUACCUACCAAGCUAUGGUUGUGAAGAAAGUAACUCCUAAAAGAUUAAAAGAGCUUGGAAGCAUAAUUGGGAAAAAAGGACUUGGUCUGUCUAAUGUACACUCUGUGAGCCAACCACUGAGACUUGGUCAGCUGCAAGGAAAUCACUUUGCUAUCAUCGUGAGGGAUUUAAAACUUCACAGUGAUGACUGUUAUGGAAGCUUAAAAGAGAGGGUUUGUGAAGCAAUGGAGAAAGUCAAGAAAAAUGGUUUCAUAAAUUAUUAUGGACCUCAACGUUUUGGACAAGGACAGAAUAUUCAUACAGAUCAAAUUGGAUUGGCUUUGCUGAGUGGAGAAAUGGUCAAAGCUGUAAAAUUGUUUUUCACCCCUGAAGAUUCAGAUGAUCCUGUCAAUAAAGCCAAAAAAUACUUUAUUGAGACAGAGGACGCUAAAGGUACUCUUGCGAUGCUUCCUGACUUUAAAGUAAGAGAGAGGAUGUUACUGCGUGCUUUGAAUCGCUAUGGUUUAAAUCACGAGGGUUGUAUACAAGGCUGGCUCAGCAUCCCUCACUCCAUGCGUAUUUUCUACGUUCAUGCGUACUGUAGCAAAAUUUGGAAUGAAGCUGUGUCCUACCGGAUUAAAAUCUAUGGUACAAGAGUUGUAACUGGCGAUCUGGUCUUUUCUACAGAACAUAUUGAAAGCUGUUCACUAAAUGACAAGGUCCAUGUCAUAACACCUGAAGAAGAAAUGGCCAAUAAAUAUACAAUAAAUCAAGUCAUUAUACCAAUGGCUGGUUACAGUGUCCAGUAUCCCACCAAUAAAGUGGGUGAGUGGUAUCACAAAAGACUGGCUGGAGAUGGACUUCAGAUGGACCACUUCCGACUUCCUGCACUGCAACUGAAUGUACCUGGCUGCUAUCGACAUAUUCUGAGAUAUCCUCAUGAUCUAUCCUAUAAUUUCUUAGAAAACAAUGGAAAAGAUGUUAGACUUGGAGGUGACUGCUUACAGGACUCAAUACUUUACCUUUCUGUGUCAUUUUGGCUUGAUCCUUCAUGUUAUGCAACAGUUUGUUUGGGAGAAAUCAUGAAGCGUGAUCUUUAAAGGCAGAAAAAAGAUGUUUCACACCAGUUUACAGGCAUAUAGGACACUCAUACAGCACAGACUCUAAGUCAAAAAAGUGGUGCUAUGACAUUUAUGUUAUUAAUGCUUUGACAUUUAUGUUAUUAGUAUAAUUUAUAAAUUUCCAGGGGAUUAGGUUGGGGAAAAGCAAUACUAUGCAUCAAUUAUUUGUAAAAUGUGAAUUUGUAGAUUUGGGAAAGACUAAGAGUUCUUACAGAAGGAUCUUUUCCAGUUCUGCUAAUUCAUAGAUAUAGUACACUUGUUUCAUCUUUGCCUCCUUUACAGAUAUUUAUUCUUAAAAAGUCACAUUUUUAAAAACCAGUUGCAGUACAUGAAAGGACUACAAGUGGCAGAUGAUGCUUGGGUUUCUCACAAAAUUCCUUAUUUGAGGCAAAGUAACUGCCAGAUUAAAGCCUCACACGGAAACACUUGAAAUGUGGAAGCCUACAUCCAUUUAUGUCGGAGUACGCCCAAUUGAAAUGGAUAGGACAUGAAUGCAUGCUUGAAAUGUAAAAUCCAUCUCUGAACUUUACAUCAGAAAAAAGAAAUAGAACUAAAUAAUGUAUUGUCAAAGACUUUCAUGGCCGGAAUCACUGGGUUGUAGGUUUUUGGGCUGUAUGGCCAUGUUCUAGAAGCAUUAUCUCCUGAUGUUUCACCUGCAUCUAUGGCAAACAUCCUCAGAGGUUGUGAGGUCUGUUGGAAACUGACUUCACAACAGACCUCACAACCUCUGAGGAUGCUUGCCAUAGAUGCAGGCGAAAUGUCAGGAGAGAAUGCUUCUAGAACGUGGCCAUACAGCCCGAAAAACCUACAACCCAGAACUAAAUAAUGCCUCCUGCAGAAUUCUGUGUUUUGUAGUUAGAGAGGAGCCUUUAACAGCCUCACAAAACUACACACCCCAGAAUUCUGCAGUAGGCAGAAACUGGAUUUUAAAGUGGUAUUCAUUCUCUAGCGUGACAAAGUAGUAACUUUAUCAUAUUGUUAAAACUGAAACAAGGA